AUGAUAUUUCAUAGGUUUAGCUUAAAUUUUAAGAACAAGCGAUAUGAAUAAGAAUUUCAAUGUUAGAAUGAAAAAUAUCAAAAAAAUAUAAACAAACUUAACUGCGUUGUGUUUAUGAUAUUCUCUCUUUGCAUCAACCUAGAAGUUUAUAUUUAUACAAAAGAUGCAAUAACAAUUAUUACAGCUGUAUUUCCUAUUUUGUUAGCAAUGGCUGCUCUUUAUAAAAAUACUAAAAAAUUAAAUUAAGUAAAGGUUUUCAUGUUCUUAGCUAUUAUAUGCCAUGUCAUAUUAUCAGCAUCUAUACAGUAUCAGAGGUUUAGAAAUAAGAUACAAUCUGAUCAAAAUUUUGUAUUUGGAAGUUUAACUGGAAUUAUUAUUGGAAUAGUGGCUAGUGGUAUGCAGCAGUGGUAUCUUAAAGAGUUUAUUAUUUUAAUUUAUAUUAUGAUCACUUUCUGUUCAGCUAUCUCUUAAUUCACUUUUGAGUAAAUAGCACUAUUUAUACCUAUUAUAGUUAUAGAGAUCAUUCUUAGUAAUAUCAUUUCAUAUUACAAAGAAAUGCAGUCAAAAAUGUAAUUCUAUGACUAACUAGUUGCUAAAGAUACAAUUUAUGAUUUAAAAAAUCUCCUAUAAAAUAAUAUUCCUCAAAGUAUUUUUGUUGUUUCACAGAAACCAAAGAGGUAACAUUAACCUUCAGCAACUAAUUGCAAUAACAAGCAAGGUAAUGAAGUAGUUAAUAGCAGCUGUAACAAUAAUAAUAUUAACAAUAACAAUGAAAAUAAUCACAAUAAUUUAGAUCUAGAGAAUAAUGACCACUCAAGAAUCAGUAUUGAUUGCGAAGACGAGUUAGUAAUUAACUUUUAAAAUAAAUAUUUCACAGAAUAUCAAAAGAAAUUUAACUUUUCUUAUGAUGUUACAUCUUUUUUAAAGAUGAUUAAGAUAUAGAGCUAAUCUUAAGUUUAGGAAGCUCAGCCUCCAGCUUUAAAAGUCUUAGAGAAUUCCAAUAUGCCUAAGAGCUUAAAUACUCCAUAUUUUGGUACUAGUGGAUAGUAAAGCAUACUUGAUGUUAUAGUUUAGUAAAUAAAAGAUACAGCAACUGACAAACUAAGUUAGAACGAUCCGUUAAUACGAUAACGCAGGUAAACUAUUGCUUAGGAUAAAGGAUUUUAGCUUGAUAACAUUAAGGAGUAUUUUAAUUGCUAGUAUAAGCAAGAUCCUAGUGUAUUCAUAUAAAAUAAACCUAUGGAACCUAACAAAGAAAAAAGGUUGUCAAAGAAGAAAAAGAAAAAUUGUGUAAUGUCGGAAUUUCGUCAUUUCGGCAGAGCCCUCUCUUAGAUAUCCUUUAAAAAUACUUCUGUAAAUAAUACUCCAAGAGGUACAAUUGGGAACGGAUAAAAUGAAUAAUCAUAAUAAAAUCCAAAUAAUCUAAAUAUUAGCAACAUUUAUAAUGCUACUAAAAAGAGAUAAAAUUCUAAAUCACCUACUCCAUAAGAAAAUGCUGCAGCUGCUAUAAUUGCUAAUCAAGCCAGUUAAAAAAAUGAAAAAAUUAGAAGAAAAUGUAAAACUGUUUCUUUGAAUAGUGAUAAUUAAAAAAAUAUUAAGUAACGCCAAAUGUAAUAGCUUCAAAUAAAAACAAAAAUUGUUAACUUAAAUUCUUAAGUAUUAAAAUAAAUUUAAAACCCGUCUAAUCAAGGCUAAACAAGCAAUUCAAAGUAGAAUAAUUCUGGACUGGUGGACAAAAAUUAAUUACAAGUUCAACAAAUUCCUCUAUAAAAUAUUUCAAUUUAUCCAAACUAGACUUCUGAAAUACAGUCUUUAAGCUAUCAAGAAUAACUAAGUAAUCUUCCUUCGGCUUAAAUCAAAUAAACCUGCAAGUUAAACUAGCACCAUCAAACUAAAUAGGAGGCUGAAAGUAAUAAAUAAAGUAGAUAGAGUAUAAAUAGCUAAAAUUUGCAAAUUAAUUUAAAGCACUCUUCAAUACACAAGUCAAUUUAAGUAAACAACAACAACGAUGCUCAAAGACGUUCUACAUAAUAGCCUUCAUAAACAAAUGGAGGAUAUCAGAUGAGCAGUAUAAAUAAUUUAUCCUAUAAAUAUACAAAUAAAAGUGAAAACAACUUAAAAAGUAAGCAAUACCCUAUUCUUUAUUUUGAUAUUUAGCUUGUGAAAUGCCAAUGGGAAGAAAAUGAUGCUGUUAUGGUCAUCAUGAAUGAUAUUAGUGAAAAAGUAAUGAAUUUAAGAUUGAAAGAGGGUGAUAAAUACAAAGACGAAAUGCUAGCCACUGUUACUCAUAAUUUAAAGACUCCUCUAAAUUCUAUGAUUCUUUUGAUAAACAAAUUGUUAAAAAAGGAGAAAAGGAAUAAGGAAUUGAAGAUUAUAAGUCAGAGUUCAAAUAUGCUACUCUCAAUGAUUAUGGAUAUCUUAGAUUAUUAAUGCAUUAAACGGAAAACAUUUAAAUUAUAAAUUGAAGCCUUUGAUAUUUUGGAUGUGAUAAAUGAAAUCAAAUAAUUAUAUUAGAUUACUGCUGACAUUAAAGGAUUGGAGAUAAAUAUUGUAAAUAAUAUUUAAAAUCCUGAUAUGCAACUAGUUUUGCAAGACAUGGAUAGAAUAAAGUAAAUUCUAAAUAAUCUAGUUGGUAAUGCUAUUAAAUUCACUAAGAAAGGUAGUAUAACUAUAAUUAUUGGUUAUGACACUACAUACUCAAAUGAUUCUAUUAAAAAGGAAUAAAAUUCUUAAGAUUAAUUAAAAGAUGAGAACAAUACUCCCGAAUUAUAGGCUAACAAUAAUUCUAUUAAGACUGAUGCUGAAAAAUCUGUUAAAUUAAAUAAUUACCAAAGAAUAUUUUAAAAUAAUGGUGUUAUAUCAAUAUAAGUUAAAGAUACUGGAUCAGGUAUAGACCAUUCUCUACAGCAAAAUUUAUUUAAAAUUUUUGCUACUCAUGAUCAUAACGAUGGAUCAACAAAACACGGUGUAGGAUUGGGUUUGACUGUAUGCAGGAAAUUAGUUAAGCUGAUAGGGCCUAGAAGAAGUCUUCUUCUUGAUUCCACCCCAGGAAUUGGAUCUAGUUUUACUUUUUUUAUUUAUCAAAAUUUGUUAACUUCUCCCAAGUAAUAUACAAGUGAACUAAAAAACCAAAUUAGCCCUAUAAUUAUCAGUUCAUCUUAGGAAAAUAAUUCAAUAAAUUUGUAAAACUAAUUUUCUUAAAACUAAAACAUGAGCUAAGGAAGUGAUAACGAAACCCAUUAGUAGGUUCCUAUUUUUUAGAAAUCACAGAUCCAUACUAAAUAAUAGCAAACACCACCUCAUAACAAUUCAGCUGCAGAUGAAAUAGCAGAUACAAAGAAUAUAAUUAUAUCUUCACCAAAAGGUAGUGAAAAAUCACCUAAAAGAAUGAACUAAAUUGACUCUCCUUUAUACAAAACUGAUAAUAUUGAUACAGGUGUAACUCCAAGGAAUUAACAAUCAAUACAAUUUCGCUCUUCAGAUGCUUCUCUUAAUCACUUGAUCAAAGACGAAAAGCAACAAUAGUCUAAAUUUGGGAAAAAUGAUUAGAAACCGAGCAGGAAAAAAAGUAACAAGCUAUUCUAAGGUAGUUAAAUAUCCUUAAUUCUUGAUUUAAAUAGUCCUCUCUAGGAACAAAAAUAGUUUGAAAAAAAUUAUUUGAGUUCCUUUUUAAAUUUUACUCCUCGGUCAAAUGCAAAUUACCACCAGCAAAAUACAGUUUCUACAAUAAAUAAUAUAAAUUAGAAAUUACUUUCUAAGCGAGACAGUGAUAACUGUCAUGAAGGAUCAAGCUUAAGAUUAAUAGUAGGAAAUAAUAAUUUAAAUAGUCCAAACGCUGUGUCUACUAAUAUAGUUUUUUCUGCAUAAAAAGAUAAAGACUUUUUUAGUAAAUAACAAUUAAGAUUAAAGAAUAAAAUGACUUAAUAAGAAGAUUAUGAUGAUGCACUAAUAAGAUCUGGAGAAAUAAAUGAUUAUAUAUUAAGUGAAUCAUAUAAUAAAUCACCUGAUAAGAUUUUCAAUUAAAAUUUAGAUUUUAGUCCUAAGGGAUUCAGACCAUUUAUUUAAACACCCAAAAAGAGUUUAUUUAAUUUAGACUCUAAGCAUUUAAUAUAUUUAAAAACAAAUAAUCAGAUAAGUAUGAAUAAUAUUCACAUAUUGCCAUAAAGUUCAACAAGUAUUAGCAUAGAUAAGCACUUUAGUCAUUAUCCAUCUAAUAAUCUCUUAGCUACUUUCCAUGAUUACAACAAAUAUGAAGAAAAGUUCCAAGAUAAUUUUGAGGAUGAAGAUUUCAAUUUUAGACCUAUGAAUAUGAAGUAUCUCGAAAGUUAAACAAAUAUAGGGUUAGAGUAAAAUAGAAUGUAAUAAUUGCCUGUCAAGCAUAGUUCAAGUAAUAAAUCUGAUUCUGAUAACUAAAACUCACUUUAAAAGUAAUUUUAUAUGAGUGAGUCUCACGGGGCUUUCCCAUCUUUAGAUAAAUAAAUUAUAGAAAAAGAUGGUGAGUCUUAUUCAGAUAAUGUUUAAGAUGACAGUUAAAAUUUAAGUAGUAGCAGUAGCUAUACUGAAGAAGGUGAAUAAUAUACAAAUGGUGAGGGUGAGUAAAACUUAGGAGAUGUAGAAGAAGAAGAUGAUGAAAGCAAAGAAGAUGAAGAUAACAUGAAUUUAGAAGGACUAUUCUCUAAUACUAUAAAUGCAUUGAUAGUAGAUGACACUCCUUUUAAUAUAUUUGUCCUUAAAUCAUUUUUUUAAAACUGCAAAAAUAUUAAAUUUUCUCAAGCAUUUGAUGGAAAAGAGGCCUUCGAACUAUACAAAGAAAACAAAUAUGAUUUAGUUUUUAUGGACCUAAACAUGCCGAUCAUGGAUGGAUUUGAAAGCAUAACUCUUAUUAGGUAAUUCGAGCAUCAAAAUAACCUAAAAGAAAGCAUUAUUUUUGCAGUAACAGCAUAAGAUUAAAUUAAAGAUAUUUAAAAAUGCAUUGACUGUGGAGCUAAUGGCCACAUUCCUAAACCAGUAAAGUUAAGUUUAUUGUAUUCGUCUCUUUAUUAAUAUUUCAAGAGAAGAUGA